AUGGAAGCGACACUUCAGCAUAGCCAGGGUAGCCAGCCCCAUCACGGCGGUCCACCACAUUCCGAAGGUCCACCGCGUCACGGCGGUCCACCGCAGUAUGACGGCCCACGGCAUUAUGACGGCCCACCGCAUCCUGGCGGCCCACCGAAUUUCAACGGCCCACCGCAUCCUGGUGGCCCACCGCACUUUGACGGCCCACCGCAUCCUGGUGGCCCACCACAUCCUAGCGGUCUAGCCCGUUUCGACGGACCACCGCACCAAGGCGGCCCACCGCAAUCCGGCGGCCCACCAUCGCAAUCAGGGGGACCAUCGCCGCAUUUAGGACAUUUUGGAGGACCACCGCAUUCGGGCGGCCCACCACAUCGCAGCGGCCCGCCACCGCCACCGCCCCACAUGGGGCCUCCCCCUCCGGCACACGCCGAGAAUGCUCCAUCGGGCCAAGGCAACAAGUUCAACCUGGGCAGCAGCUCGGUGCGACUGCAGCUGAACCGCGAGUACUACCGCACGCCUCCCGGCUUGCUGGGCAUCGUGGAGGUGCUCUGCUCGUGCGCCAUCGUCACAACGCUCAGCCUGCGCGGCUUCGUGUUCGACGUGUUCUUCUUCCUCUGCAACCUGGGAUUCACGUACGCGCUCGUCGGCGUCAUGUUCUUCGUGAACGGCCUGGUGGGCUCGCGUGCCGGCCGCGACCUGCCUCUGCUGGUGGCCGUGCAGUACUACGGGCUCGGCUUCGUCAUGUUCCUAGCCGCCGGCAUCGCCAGCCUGGCGAGGUCGCAGCGCGAGUUAGUCGCCAUCAUGGUCGGCACCAUGUCCGUCGUCGUGGCCAUAGCGCUCUUGGUGCACGCCGUGCACUCGGUGCGGAGCUCGUGA